GCGACGCCGCCGGGCUCCGGAGCUCUCGACGCGCCGACGGCCAGGCGGGCAAACGGACGGGCAGACGCGCCAGCGGGCUGACGAGCGGAGCGCAGCGCGGCUCUCGAGGAGAGGACUGAUCAUCUGGAGGUGGUGUCCCUGCUGGCUCUGGGCAUGGUGCUGCUCAGGGAGCCUGGAGGAACCUGGCUGGCCCUGGCCCUGGCCCUGGCUCUGGGCACAGGUUCUGGCAUGGCGGCCCCGGGCCAGGACUGCACAGGCAUUGAGUGCCCGCCGCUGGAGAACUGCAUCGAGGAGGCACUGGAGCCUGGCGAGUGCUGCGCCACAUGUGUGCAGCGGGGCUGCGCCUGCGAGGGCUACCAGUACUAUGACUGCCUGCAGGGUGGCUUCGUGCGUGGCCGUGUACCUGCUGGCCAGUCCUACUUCGUGGAUUUCGGCAGCACCGAGUGCUCCUGCCCGCCGGGCGGUGGCAAGAUCAGCUGUCAGUUCAUGCUGUGUCCGGAGCUGCCGCCCAACUGCAUUGAGGCUGUGGUGGUGGCCGAUAGCUGCCCACAGUGCGGCCAGGUGGGCUGCAUCCACUCGGGCCGCAAGUAUGCUGCUGGCCACACCGUCCACCUUUCGCCCUGCCGGGCCUGCCACUGUCCUGAUGCUGGUGGCGAGCUCAUCUGCUACCAGCUCCCUGAUUGCGAUGGAGAUGCUGAGGCUGAGCUGGCCACUGCCACUGGCAACUUCUCAGACGCUGAGGAGGGUGACCCUGAGCGACACUAUGAAGACCCCUACAGCUACGACCAGGAGGUGGCCGAGGCGGAGGCCGCAGAGGCCCUGGCGGGAGAGCUCCAGGCAGGCACUGGGGGCCCGGCUGCCCUGGGGGGCGGGAGGCAGCCACCUUCAUCUAUCCAGGCCACCCCCUGGCCGGUUGCCCUCCCCAGGCCCACAGCAGCCACUGCCCUUGGUCCCCCGGCCCCUGUGCAGGCCAAGGCCAGGAGAGUGACAGAGGACAGACAGGAGAGGGAGGAACUGACCCACAGGGAGCAGCCAGCAGCUGGCGGCCCCAGGGGCCUGGGUGGGCUGCCCACGGCAGGCCCAGCUGGGCCAGAUCUCCCUGUCCAGGAAGAGGGGGCAGAGGCCAGGGCAUGGCCUGAAGAGAACCUCAUCCCGGAUGCCCAGGCCACUCCCGGCAGCACUGGGCAGGAGGGAGCCGGGCCUGUUCCAGCGUCCAGCACGCCCAGUGUCCUCUCAUCACAGGCCGCAAGUUCUCCUGAGGUCCCGACAGAACCCAGCACCCACACCAGCCUAACUAUACCUCGCCAGGAGGCAGCCCAGGCCCCACCCACCCAGGAAGUGCCCAAGCAGCUGCCGGUUCUGCCCCGUUCUCAGCCAGAAGACCCAGACCCCAACUCUGUCCAUUCUGUCCCAAGGGGUGACCCUGAAGUGUCCACCAAGGACCUGAUUGAGACAUGUUGUGCUGCUGGACAGCAGUGGGCCAUCGACAAUGACGAGUGCCUGGACAUCCCCGAGAGUGGUGCCGAGGGCGACGUGUGCAGGACAGCCCAGAAGCACUGCUGUGUGUCCUACUUGAAGGAGAAGAGCUGCGUGGCCGGUGUCAUGGGGGCCAAGGAGGGCGAGGCCUGCGGGGACGAGGACAAUGACACCUGCAGUGUCUCCCUGUACAAGCAAUGCUGUGACUGCUGUGGUCUGGGACUCCGUGUGCGGGCCGAGGGCCAGGCAUGCGAGUCCAACCCCAACCUGGGCUACCCCUGCAACCACGUCAUGCUGUCCUGCUGUGAGGGCGAGGACCCCCUCAUUGUGCCUGAGGUCCGUCGGCCUCCGGAGCCCGAGGCUGCACCACAGAGAGUUUCAGAGGCAGAGCUGGCGAGCCGGGAGGCCCUGUCGCUGGGCACGGAGACCGAGCUGCCCAACAGUCUGCCAGGCGACGACCAGGAUGAGUGCCUGCUCCUCCCAGGGGAGCUGUGCCAGCAUCUCUGCAUCAACACCGUGGGCUCCUACCGCUGUGCCUGUUUUCCUGGCUUCUCACUGCAGGAUGAUCGCCGUACCUGCCGUCCAGAUGGUGGCCGCCCCCAGCCAGAGACCACAGAGGAGUCCGCGCUGAGGCCUGAAUCCUCCCAGGUGGCCCCCAACACCAUCGCACUGCCAGUGCCGCAGCCCAACACCUGCAAAGACAACGGGCCCUGCAAGCAGGUGUGCACUGUCAUCAGGGACACCGUCAUGUGCUCCUGCUUCCCUGGCUACGCCAUCAUGGCAGAUGGCGUGUCCUGCGAAGACCAAGACGAGUGCCUGCUGGGUGCUCAUGAUUGUAGCCGGCGACAGUUCUGUGUGAACACCCUGGGAUCCUUCUACUGUGUCAACCACACAGUGCUGUGUGCUGAGGGCUUUCUCCUCAACCCGCACAGGAAGUGCGUGGACAUCAACGAGUGCGUGACGGAUAUGCACACAUGCAGCCGGAGCGAGCACUGCGUGAACACGGUGGGUUCCUUCCGCUGCUACAAGGCUCUUACCUGUGAGCCUGGCUAUAUGCUCAAGGAUGGCGAAUGUACAGAUGUGGAUGAGUGUGAGCUGGGCACGCACAGCUGCCAGGUGGGCUUCACGUGCCAGAACACCAAGGGCUCCUUCUACUGCCAGCCAAGGCAGCGCUGCAUGGACGGCUUCCUGCAGGACCCUGAGGGCAACUGCGUGGACAUCAAUGAGUGCACAUCACUCUCUGAGCCCUGCCAGCCUGGCUUCAGCUGCGUCAACACGGUGGGCUCCUACACGUGCCAGAGAAACCCGCUCAUCUGUGGGCGUGGCUACCAUGCCAGCCAGGACGGGACCAAGUGUGUGGAUGUGAAUGAGUGUGAGACAGGCGUGCACCACUGCAGCGAGACCCAGGUGUGCCACAACCUCCCUGGCUCCUACCGAUGCGACUGCAAGGCUGGCUUCCAGCGGGACGCCUUCGGCCGGACCUGCAUUGACGUGAACGAGUGCUGGGCCUCGCCCAGCCGCCUGUGCCAGCACACCUGUGAGAACACACUUGGCUCCUACCGCUGUUCCUGUGCCUCUGGCUUUGUGCUGGCUGCCGAUGGAAAGCACUGUGAAGAUGUGAACGAGUGUGAGGCACAGCGCUGCAGCCAAGAGUGCGCCAACAUCUACGGCUCCUACCAGUGCUACUGCCGCCAGGGCUACCAGCUGGCUGAAGACGGGCACACCUGCAUAGACAUUGAUGAGUGUGCUCAGGGUGCCGGCGUCCUCUGCACCUUCCGCUGCAUCAACGUGCCGGGGAGCUACCAGUGUGCAUGCCCGGAGCGUGGCUACACCAUGACAGCCAACGGGAGGUCCUGCAAGGACCUGGACGAGUGUGCACUGGGCACCCACAACUGCUCCGAGGCCGAGACCUGCCAUAACAUCCAGGGCAGCUUCCGCUGCCUGCGCUUUGAUUGCCCUCCCAACUAUGUCCGCGUCUCUGAAACGAAGUGUGAGCGCACCCUGUGCCAGGACUUCGUGGAGUGCCAGAACGCUCCUGCGCGGAUUACGCACUACCGUCUCAACUUCCAGACUGGGUUGCUGGUGCCCGCGCACAUCUUCCGCAUCAGCCCGGUGCCUGCCUUCGCUGGUGAUACCAUUGCGCUGACCAUCACCAAGGGCAACGAGGAGGGGUACUUUGGCACGCGUCGCCUCAACGCUUACACGGGCGUCGUCUUCCUGCAGCGGUCGGUGCGCGAGCCGCGGGACUUUGCCCUGGACGUGGAGAUGAAGCUCUGGCGGCAGGGCUCCGUCACCACCUUUCUGGCCAAGAUGCACAUCUUCUUCACCACCUUUGCCCUGUGAAGCAAGGCUGGCCAUGUGCGCAGAGCCCGGAUUCCCCCUCCCCCGACAGUCUGCGUUGGGUGGGGGCGGGUGCUGCAGUGGGUUUGCUCCCACCCUGUAAAGUAACUUAAUUUUGCUGACUCACUCCUCACUUUUGGUCUCUCCCCGGCCAGAGGGAGCCUUGGAGGGCAGUUCCAGGGGCCCUGUGGGUGGGGUGGGAGGAUCAGAGUCUAUAUGUGACCAAGACUGGAAAUGGCGACCACGUGGGAGCUUUUGGACUCAACUGGGUGACCUGUCCCCAAAGAUGAUGCUCUGAUGUUCCACUGUGAUUAGCUCUUCACUUUUUUUUUUAAGAAAAUCAUUUUUAAGUGUUUUUGUUUAAUUAUAAAAGUAGUACAUGUACAUUGCAAAUAUAUAUAUAUUCAAAUAGUACAAAAGGGUUUUAAAGUAAAAAAGUGAAAAAGA